CGAUCAUAUCUUAUAGAGCUUACAAAAACUGGUUGAAGAACGCGAUAAUUUCUUACAACAAUUUGUACAAUUGUACUGUAAGAACAAUUCGUUCAUCCAAAAAAAACAACUGAUUGCCUUGUACUUUCCUUAUAAGUACGCACCUACACUUCUAGUAUGUCAUAGUAACAAAACAACAACAUACACUUUACUAAGUAGUAUUCGUACUUAAAUUUUAUUGAUUACAUACUCUUAACUAAGAAAACAUGGCUAGAACUAGGGCUAUUAGGACGAGUUCAUCAUCUAACGCGGCACUGGCCGUUGCACUUCUCUUGAUGACUCUUGUAGGUCAAUCUUAUGGUCAGUUGCAGCUUGGAUUCUACAUAGGAAAAUGUGGGAAGAACAACGUCGAAAAAGUUAUUUUCGACAUUGUUAAGCAAGCUUUCGAUAGAGACAACAGAGUUGUAGCUUCUCUUCUCCGAUUGCAAUUCCAUGACUGCUUUGUUAGGGGAUGUGACGCAUCUGUCUUGUUGGAUGGAAGAGGCUCAGAAAAGGUUGCAUCUGGAAAUAUUGGUGUUGGACCUUAUGAUCUUAUCGAUGCUUGCAAGGACAGUUUGGAGCAAAUAUGUCCAGGAGUCGUUUCUUGUGCAGACAUCAUCGUCAUAGCAACUAGAGUUGCAGUUUUCUUGGCUGGAGGAAGAUGGUAUCGCGUUGAAGUUGGAAGAAGGGAUGGUGUCAUUUCACUUGCUAGUGAAGCGGAAGCAAACCUUCCUGCAUCAACAAUCUCCGUUCCAAACGCCAUUGAUGUAUUUAGAAGAAGAGGCUUGAACACUCAAGAUUUUGUACUUCUCUUAGGUGGAGGACACACUGUUGGACGAAUUCAUUGCUCAUUUGUGAUGGAACGUCUCUACAUUUUCCAACGAUCAAGGGGCUCAGACCCAACCAUGAAUCCAACCACUUUCUCAUCUCUAAGUACAACAUGCCCUAGAAGUGGAUCAAACAACUUCGUUUUCGCAGACCAAACCCGAGGAAGUGAGUUUAAAGUAGACAAGGCUUUCUACCAAGCAAUUAGGCAAGGCAAGGGUGUACUACCAAUUGAUCAAGAAAUUGCACGCCACCCACGAACCGCCGGUAUUGUAAGAAGGCUGUCUAUGACCGGGGACUUCACCUUUGAAUUCCCUCGUGCAAUGGUUAAGCUUGGUAGGGUUGGUGUUCUAACUGGUAAACAAGGCCAAAUUAGAAGCAACUGCCGCCGUUUUAAUUAAUUAACUAAUUAAUUAAUUAAUUUAUAUACACAUCCAUUUCAUUUUUUUGAUCGUUACUAUAUGUAAUUAAGAACAAUGACCAAAUGUUGUUGAGUUGUUUUUACCAUUAGCUUUAAUAAUAAUAAUAUUGCUUUGGAGCAAUUGUGUGUUUA